GUUUGCAAAGCGAAAACUGGAUGAGUCUGUUUUUCUUGGAAACCGAUUACAGGUUUCAUAUGCACCUCAGUUCGAGAGUCUAUUGGAUACAAAGGAGAAACUGGAGGGCAGGAGAAAGGAAGUCCUAGGACGAAUAAAAUUUGGGAAAACCCUCAGAGAGUCAAGCUCUCAACUUUCCAAUUAUUCACAAACCCUAGGGACUUCUUAUCAGCAUUUGCCAACUCAGGCACCAUCAGCAUCGAAUAGUUUAGAGCUGCAGAUAAGCCCUAAGCAGAGGAACUAUUCCAAGGCCGGUCAAACUUCUAGUGAAGGUGAUUUUGUCAGCCAUGUGUCCUCUAACAAGGAAUACUUUUCAUCAGCAUCAAUGAACGAGACUGUUAGAUUGGUCAGAGAGAAGUUGGAUAAGAUACAUUCUAGCAGCGAAGCUGCACCAGCAUCCAAGAGAACGCGGGUGGACAACAGAAGAAGAAUUUGAUGUUUGAAAGCCUAGCAAGCUCCUGCUAUACUGUCCUCUUGAAUUUGUUCAUUUCUUGUCAUAUUAUGCAAUAAUAGCGGAUCAUGUACUUGGCAGUCAUUGUGAUAAAAGCAGGUCAUAUUUUACUAAUUGGAUUCUACGUUACAAAGCCUUUUUUUAUUAUGAUGUUGAGUACUUGGAUCAUGGUGUUUCUUCUUAAUAUAUGGUGAAAGGAUUCCUUUUUGUCAGGUAACCCAGAUGGUAACCUUGGGCCAUAUUUCUUAUUGCGAUGAUCAUAGGGUGAUGGUGUCUUUCAGCUAACUCCAGCAAAAGGGAAUUAUUUUUUUAGAUGUAAACUGGCAAAGCACCAGACAGUGAGCUGUGCUUAGAGUAAGCUUUUGGUAGUCCUGUUGUGAUUGGUUGGUUGAAUCCAAAGUCGAGUGAAGUCAUGAUAAUAACUGUACUAUUUUUACAUGUAUGUUAGCUUGUCCAUCAGUGCAUCAGGUAGGUUGUGCAUGCUGCUCUCUCUCUUGCCAAUGUAUUCUCGUCUUCCUUGUCAAUUGGCUUCCUCUGUACAUUAUGUCCACCGAGGCUCCUGGGCCUCUAUGGUUUUUAUCUGCUUUUUCUACAUCUAUGUUCUCUUGGAUGCCUCCACUGCGUGGUGUGAGGAAGGUAAUCUCUGUUGGUGUUGUAAGAGAUGGUGGUGGUUUGCAGCUUGCAAGGUAGUCAAGUCUCAUUUGCAAAUUUAGGGCAUAUUUGGUUUGCAAACGAUGUCGAAAUUGGAAUGAAUUUUAAUGAGAAUCAGAAUGGCUAAAUUUUUCAA